AGAAGCGGUUACGUAUUCUGUCAGCUAUAAAGAAUAUUCGUGAAACUCUUCAGUAAAAUUUAAUCAUUUCUUAAAACUGUAAAAAAUUGGAACAUCGGUAUGCUGCGCCUAAUAUUGGUAGCAGUAGUUAUAACUCUAGUGGCAGCCAAACCAACGACCGAAGAUGCAGAUAUCAAAAGCGAAACUUCCGACGAUCUUCUGAAAAGCGCUCACGAACUUUUGAAACGAAUCGAUGCAGAGUAUGCAAAAUGGAAUAAUAUACAGAGUAUCACCGCAUGGAAUUACGCAUCGAAUCUAACGAAUGAGAAUCUGGCAGAAAAGUUGAAAUGCUCGGCAGAGGGGGCAAACGUUACCAAACAUAUUAUUCAAAUAGUGAAUGACUUCCCUUGGAGAGACUUGAAAAAUGAGUCUAUGAAGAGACAGUUCAAAAAACUCAGUAUACUCGGUGUCGCCGCUCUCCCUGAACAAAGUUAUAAUGAAUUUGAGAUGACGGUGAGUAAAAUGGAGAACAUCUAUAGCACCGCAAAAAUCUGCGAUUAUCACAACAAGAGCAAGUGUGAUCUUGCACUUGAACCAGAAAUUAUUGAGAUAUCAAAGAGUAGUCACGAUCCUGAGGAGCUGAAACAUAUUUGGGUGGAGUGGAGGAAAGUAUCAGGCGAGAAAGUCAAAUCUCUGUACUCCAAAUAUGUUGAGCUAGCGAAUACUGUGGCGACACUCAACAACUUCUCUGACUAUGCAGCAUUUUGGAUGAAAGAUUACGAGGCUGAUAAUUUCCCUGAACAAAUCGAGACUCAAUGGCAACAACUGAAGCCACUAUAUUUACAACUGCAUGCUUACGUACGGCGCGAGCUCAGGAAGAAAUACGGCGAAAACAUUGUCUCCAAAGACGGCCCGAUCCCAGCGCAUCUAUUGGGCAAUCCCUGGGCUCAGACUUGGAAUAUUGCAAACUUCACCGUACCGUUCUUGGGCAAACAACUGCCGGAUGUUAGUGCCGCUUUGAUAGAACAAGAUUACAAUGCGACAAGCAUGUUCCGUCUCGCUGAGAAUUUCUUCAUAUCAAUUAACUUGACUGCCAUGCCGGACACAUUCUGGAAAAAAUCGAUUCUGACAAAGAAGGAUGGUGUAGACAUGAUCUGCCAUGCGAGCGCAUGGGAUUUCUACAAUGCCGAAGAUUUCAGGAUCAAGCAAUGUACGCGCAUUAACAUGGAAGACUUGCUAACAGCGCAUCAUGAGAUGGGUCACAUCGAGUAUUACUUGCAAUACAAGAACCAGCCUGUAGUUUUCAAAGAGGGCGCGAAUCCAGGUUUCCAUGAGGCGGUUGGUGAUGUUAUUUCUCUCAGCGUAUCUACUCCCAGUCAUCUCAAAAAGAUCGGUCUAUUAAUGGAUGACUCGACUGAUCGGGAGGCAUUCCUCAAUCACCUCUAUAUGAAGAGUCUUGACAAGAUUGUCUUCCUGCCAUUCGCUUACAUGAUGGACCGAUGGCGUUGGAACGUAUUCCAAGGAAAAGUCACGCCAGACAAUUAUAAUUGCAACUGGUGGACACUCGCCGAGGAAUACCAGGGCAUCGAACCUCCCGUAGAUAGGUCGGAAGAAGACUUCGAUCCUGGCUCAAAGUAUCAUAUAAUUGCGGGCGUCGAGUAUAUAAGAUACUUUGUAAGCUUUGUGAUACAGUUUCAGUUUCACAAGGCAUUGUGUAUCGAAGCGAAACAAUAUGAUCCGAGCAAUCCAAAUGCCAAACCAUUGAGUCAAUGUGAUAUUUACGAUAAUAAGGACGCCGGAAAUCUGCUAAAAUCUAUGCUUGAGUUGGGUUCUUCGAAACCGUGGCAAGACGCGAUGGAGAAAAUCUCUGGUCAAAGGCAAAUGGAUGCAGCUGGACUUUUGGAAUAUUUUAAGCCUUUGACUGAUUGGCUGACCGAAGAAAAUAAGAAAACUAAUGAAUACAUUGGAUGGAAACACAGUAAAAAACAAUGUGUACAGACGAGAGGAGAGCUUGUGAAUUACAGCUAUUGAGUCUUUAGCAUAACAUAUUCUCCACUAAUAAGACAAUAAGAAAUAUAUUUUGAAACAAUGUCAGAUGUUGUUUGAUUUUUUGUAAUACAAUAAAUCUAAUAAGAAAAUAGGAAGUAUAUUUUGAAACGAAAGCCAAAUAUUGCGUUUUUUAUGCAAUAAAUCUAAUGUAUAAAAAUCAUUUCACGAUCAUACAAACGCUUCAAUUAAUUCGAGAAUAAAUGUUCGUAAUGGAUUAAUUUUCAAGUUUCUCUAAAUAAAACAUGCAUUUCUCUUUUA